GAAAAAAUAAAAUGAAGCGAAGGCUGGCUCUCUGACGUAAAAGGUUGAUAUCUACAUAACAAUGAAACACUGAAAAAGCCAAACAGAAGUAUGUUAAAGUGGGCAUUUAUGACUCAUGGGGAAGUAUGUGCCAGUCAUCCAUGGGAGGUCAUCAUGGGCAUGGUUACCUUGGCAACUGUUGGGAUGUCAUUCGGUCUCAUCCCAGGAGAUAAUGAUCAUGAUGAUCGACUUUGUGGCCUGAAUUUUGUGUGCUCACAAGGCAAGUACACCCCUGAGACUGACUUAAUAAUCCUCCCUACAAUAACACGAUGCGUUGCGGUCAUCUAUUUCUAUCUACAGUUCAGGAACCUCAAGAAAACAGGCUCAAAAUAUCUUCUUGGAAUCAUAGGAGUUUUCACAAUUUUAUCAAGCUUUGUGUUUAGUUUUGCUGUUGUAAAAAUCAUGGGCAAAGAUGUCAAUGGCCUCAACGAAGCCCUGCCAUUCUUCCUUUUACUGGUAGAUGUUUCACGUGCCUGCUCUCUCGCAAGAUACGCACUAAGGUCUCGCACCCAGGAGGAAGUUCGCAAAAAUAUUGGCUAUGGGAUGGCCGACAUUGGACCAAUCAUAACCCUUGACUCAUGUGUUGAGUUUCUAGUGAUUGGUGUUGGAACAAUAUCAGGAGUACCCAUCCUACAGACAAUGUCCUGCUUUGGUUGUCUCUCGGUUAUUGUCAACUAUAUAGCAUUCAUGACCUUCUAUCCAGCCUGCUUGGCAUUGGUUUUAGAGAUUCUGAGAGAGGUAAAUGAUGGUCAACCAAUCUGGCAGAUAGGACAGGUCUCUGCACUGAAAGAUGAUGGAGAAAAACCAGACCCUGUAACACAAAGGAUAAAAAUGAUCAUGUCUGCUGGUCUGGUGCUAGUGUAUGCCAGGAGUUGGUCUGAGGUGACGUCUACCAAGAACUACACCAUGAAAAAUGACACGGCAAAACCAAUCUUUGAACAGGAGACAGAGUGGCACUUUUACCUCCUUGGGUUCGCCAAACUGGACCGCUACUAUAUGAUUACUGCUAUAUUAGGUAUUGUGCUCCUUCUGAAAUAUUUACUCUGGGAUCGAGAUUUUCAUGAGAUAGAUAACACCACAGAGCUUGUAGCAAAAGAUGUAAUAAUUAAAGAUGAACCAACAUUUAAACCCACAAAAGUAAAUCAAGAGUUACGUUGUUCAAAUAAUUCUAAUGGAUUCAGCAUUAUUGUCGGAGAUUCUGAUGAAGACAGCAGCGAAGAAAUUGAUACGCAUAACUCAGACUGUCAGGAUACAAAAUCUUCAAAUAAUAUGGAUACAUUGUGUGACAAUGGGAGUGAUACUUUAAGUGCAAAUUGUGUGACACAUUCACUGAGCACAACCAGCUCUAUUGCUACUUCUGGAAAUCAAAUUGCUGUUCCAACUGAUGAACAUCCUCCCUCCAACUGUAAAGUUGGCGGUCCCGCGGUGUCUCAUACAAUGAGGACUGUUGAAGAAUGCAAGCUAAUUCUGAGCGAACCUGAUGGUCCAUCAAAGUUAACAGAUGAGGAGGUCUUAUCUUUAGUUAAUAUCAAACACAUCCCAGCAUAUAAACUUGAGUCCAGCCUUGGGGACCCAAAAAGAGGAGUGGCCAUAAGACGCAAGUUGAUCCAGGCAAAGUUAAUCAGUGCCAACCCCUUCAAAAGUCUUCCUUAUAGUGGAUAUCAACACUAUGAUCUCGUGAGUGGUGCCUGCUGCGAGAAUGUAGUAGGUUACAUGCCAGUCCCCGUAGGUGUGGCCGGGCCAUUGUUGCUGGACGACAAGCAGUACCAAGUUCCCCUAGCAACCACAGAGGGUGCACUUGUAGCUAGUACAAAUAGAGGAUGCAGGGCUCUUGCUCUGAGUGGGGGUGUUACUAGCAGUUUGCUGGGAAAUGGCAUGACAAGAGCACCUGUUAUACGCUUCCUAUCUGCCAAGAUGGCCAGUGAGGCUAAAUCAUGGUUAGAAAAAACAGAAAACUUCCAAAGACUUCAAGAAAGUUUCAACUCAACAAGUAACUUUGCGACAUUGCAGCGGUUACAAGUAACUCAAGCGGGACGAUUACUAUUUGUGAGAAUCAUAGCUUUGACAGGAGAUGCUAUGGGAAUGAAUAUGAUCUCUAAGGGGGCAGAGAAAGCUUUGAAUGUGCUACAUGAUUAUUUCCCUGAUAUGGAAGUCCUGGGCCUUAGUGGUAACUACUGUACAGAUAAGAAGCCUGCUGCAAUUAAUUGGAUUGAGGGGCGAGGGAAAUCCAUUGUCUGUGAGGCCACAAUACCAGCUGAAGUUGUAACAAAUGUCCUUAAAACGUCCACUGAUAAACUUGUAGAGUUGAAUAUUAGCAAAAAUCUGAUUGGUUCUGCCAUGGCUGGAAGUAUGGGUGGAUUCAAUGCUCAUGCAGCUAAUGUUGUCACUGCUAUGUUCAUAGCAACAGGACAGGAUCCAGCUCAGAAUAUCGCCAGUUCUAAUUGUAUCACUCUGUUGGAACGUACUGGUGAGAACAACGAGGAUUUGUAUAUUAGUUGUACAAUGCCAUCUAUUGAGGUGGGAACUAUAGGGGGCGGCACUGUUCUCCCUCCACAGGCUUCAUGUCUUGAGUUACUUGGAGUACAAGGUCCCAACAAGACUUCUCCGGGUGAGAAUGCAACACAACUUGCAAGAAUAGUGUGUGCCACAGUACUAGCAGGAGAACUUUCCCUAAUGGCAGCCCUUGCUGCAGGCCAUCUUGUAAAAAGCCAUUUGAGACACAAUAGGUCCCAACAGAACAUCACCAUAAGUGCAAACUCAAGCAGCAGUUCAAUUAGUGAAGGUACUGAGAACUCCAACAAUAGCAAAAGAGAAUUCAAACAAAGACAUAAAAGAUCAAGGAGCACAAGCUCAUCUGAUCCCGAUCAUUGUACACCAAGCUAACAUAGGUACAAUCUAGGAGUAUUCAAAUUAUCGAAAAAUUGAAAAUGAAUUGUACUAUACAUAGGAGAAUAACAGCAGAACUAAAAUGUCUUUAAAAUGAGAUAUGACAC